CUCGCAUGCACCUGGGCUCCUCUCUCCUUUCUCUCUCCCCCUUCAAAAUCUCUUUAGGGUUUCUUUUCUGGGUCUUUCUCUUCCCCAGUAAACCUUAAUAAGUCUUCUUUUUUUGUUCUUUAAUAAUUAUUUUUUCCUUGUAUCUAUUCUGAAUAAUAUUUAGUAUUUUAUUGAUUAAAAAUGGCGAUCUUUAAGGUCUUGGGAGCUGGGUUGACUCUGUUAUUUCUGUUCGGGAGGGUAACGGCCUCGGAUACUAUUAGGGUUCCGUCAGCCUCAUCCUUUUGUCCGUUAAUCUCCAUCAAAGAUUCCAUUUUGGGGUCCCAAGAUCAUGCUGAUGCAUGCCCUGUAGAUGGGAUCGAGCCUUUGCACAUCACUGGAGUAAUUGAGGGGGAUGAGGCCUCAUUGCAGAGGGCACUGAACAUGAUUCAUGGUAAUAAACAUGAUUAUGUUAUUCUGCUCUUCUAUGCAUCUUGGUGUCCUUUCUCUGGAACUUUUAGACCAACCUUUUCCAUCCUAGCUUCCUUGUUUCCCUCGCUUCCUCAUUUUGCAAUUGAAGAAUCAGCUGUCAAGCCGAGCACUCUAUCGAAGUUUGGAGUACAUGGGUUCCCAACAAUUUUCCUUUUGAAUUCUACUCUGCGUGUUCGGUAUCAUGGUUCUCGAACACGUGAGUCUCUCAUCACUUUUUAUGAAGAUGUGACUGGCAUCAAGACAGCAUCAUUGAGCGGAUUAUCUCUGGACAAGAUUGAAUGCUCAUCAGAUCAUCAGAAACACAACAGCAGUGAUCCGGAAAGUUGCCCAUUCCCAUGGGCUAGAUCUCCUGAGAAUUUGCUUCGGCAGGAGACUUAUUUGGCCUUGGCCACUGCAUUUGUGCUUAUGAGGCUGCUCUAUGUCUUUUUCCCAGCCCUGCAUAGAUCCGGCCAGUUAGCCUGGAGAAGGUAUAUUUCAAACACGAGGUUAAGGAAUCUGUGGGAGCACCCGCUGGUGUGCCUCAACCGAGCAAAACAGUUGUUAAAUUCCUUAAAGGAGCCAUGCAAGAGAAGCAAUUUGCAGGAAGGAGCUAUGAAUGCCAAGGCCUGGGCUUCCAAGUCUUUGGCUUCUGUUUCAUUUGGAGAUAGUAGCACUAGCAGGGUUGUACCAGUAAGUUGAAUUGACGGAAUAUUAGUUUGAUAGCAGCUGUUAAAGAGUAUAUAAGGACGGGUUUGCUGGAGUUCGCAAGAGUACUUGUCUUUUAGAAUCAUUUUAGCUGACUUUGUUGAGUUUCCGCCAUGGGGCUUUGUAUUGUCUAAUAGGAAGGAAAGAAAAGGUUUCAUAUUUGACAAAGGAAGCGACCUGCUUCAUUUCAGUGUAUUGUAGAUUAGAAUUUCUUUUCACCAGCUAAGGACAUAAUAAGACAAGCGUUAAAUGUAUGUAUAGCUUCAAAUGGUCAGCCUCUUCUUUUGAACUUAACAAACCUCUCUUGUUCAUCAAAGUAGUAGUUCCCCAUUCUUCA